UGACUACUUGACUCCUCCUCCUCCUCCAUGUGACUGAUCACAUGACUGUGACAUCAUUACAGGUCCUGUCCUACAAGGCUCCUGUACAGCUCAGAGGGUGAAGGAUCCUGGCUGACCAGGUCGUCCAGCAAGUCUGUCCAUUCAAGUCCACAGUGGGGGUGGGGGGUGAAGAUCCAAAUGAGCCGACGGGCCCCAUUUGCAAAAGAAGAGGAUACGAGAGAGAAAGCCUCCGGCAACUCCGUUCAGAGUCUACCCUGGCGAUUUUUACAGCAUUUCAACAUCUGUCCUGAUCAAUAGAAGAUGGAGAAAGAGAGGAACAAGAUGGCCGACAGGAUAAUAAACCUCACCCUACAGAUACUCUUCCGGCUUACUGGAGAGGAUUACACAGUAGUGAAGAAGUCCUCUAGUGGGCACUGUCGGACCCCUGUGUGUGAAGGAUGGGGAAGAACCCUGAGUCCAAUCCCGGGGCCCCCACCUCACUCCCUGAUACAUGAAGAAAUGGAGGAACAGAAGAUUCUAGAACUCAUCAAGAUGAUGGAGCUGCUGACUGGAGAGGUUCCUAUAAGGUGUCAAGACGUGGCGGUCUAUUUCUCCAUGGAGGAGUGGGAGUAUGUAGAAGGACACAAGGAUCAGUACAAGGAUCAGGUUAUGAUGGAGGAUCAGCAGCCCCUCACAUCACCAGAUGGAGUCAUGUAUAGAAAUCCACCCGAGAGGUGUCCCCGUCCUCUGUAUUCCCAGGACUGUCCAGCGGGAAAUGUCCCAGAGAACAUUCAGGGUGAAGAACUGAUCAAUAUUAAGGUUGAUGUAAAAGAUGAAGAAGAGGAGAUGGAUUCCUGGGCCAAUCAUCAGUAUGGAGUCAUGGAUAGAAAUCCACCCGAGAGGUGUCCCCGUCCUCUGUAUUCCCAGGACUGUCCAGAAAAUCUGAUUAAUAUUAAGGUUGAAGUUAAAGAGGAAUCAGAAGAGGAGACGGAUUUCAUGGUCGAUCAGUAUGGAGUCAUGUAUAGAGAUCCACCCGAGAGGUGUCCCCGUCCUCUGUAUUCCCAGGACUGUCCAGAGGGAAAUGUUCCAGAGAAGCAUCAGGGGGGAGAUCUGACUAAUAAUAAAGUGGAGGAUGAAGAAGAGAGGAUGAGGGGCCAUCACCCGUGUAUGAGGGAAGUGAAGGAGGAAAUUCCAGGAGGUGUUACCCCAGAAAACCCCAAAUGUGAUGAAGAUGUGAUGUUAUCGCUGAAUUAUAAAGAUGAAGAUACCAUGCAGCGCUACUCAGGAGAAGAUCAUACACCACAACCUGUACUACAUCCAGGACAUCACAGUACAGAUCUAUCAUACAAUUCGCCAGAUCAUCAGGAACCUUCUCCCGACCAAUCACAGGUUGUUACCACAAGGACAGAGCAGAAAGGGGGGGAAAGGUUUCCAUGUGAUGAAUGUGGAGAAGAGUUUACAAAUAGAUCUACAUUUUUAAUUCACAGAAGAAGUCACACAGGAGAGAUGCUAUAUUCAUGCUCUGAAUGUGGGAAAUGUUUUACAUGUAAAUCAAAGCUUGUUAUACAUGAGAGAAUUCACACAGGAGAGAAGCCUUAUUCGUGUUCAGAAUGUGGGAAAUGUUUUAUAAAUCAAUCAACUCUAGUUAGACAUGAGAGAAUUCACACUGGAGAAAAGCCGUAUUCGUGUUCAGAAUGUGGGAAAUGUUUUACAAGUAAAUCAGGUCUUAUUAGACAUGCGAGAAUUCACACAGGAGAGAGGCCGUAUUCAUGCUCAGAAUGUGGGAAAUGUUUUACAAGUAAAUCAGAUCUUGUUAUCCAUGAGAGAAUUCACACAGGAGAGAAGCCAUAUUCAUGUUCAGAAUGUGGGAAAUGUUUUAUAGAUCAAUCAAAUCUUCUUAGACAUGAAAGAAAUCACACAGGAGAGAAGUCAUUUUCAUGUUUAGAAUGUGGGAAAUAUUUUCCAAGUAAAUCAGAUCUUGUUAUGCAUGAGAGAAUUCAUACAGGAGAGAAACCAUAUUCAUGUUCAGAAUGUGGGAAAUGUUUUACUGUAAAAUCUCAGCUUGUUGCACAUAAGAGAACUCACACAGGAGAGAAGCCAUAUUCGUGUUCAGAAUGUGGGAAAUGUUUUACAGAUAAAUCAACCCAUAUUAGACAUGAAAGAAGUCACACAGGAGAGAAGCCGUAUUCAUGCUCAGAAUGCGGCAAAUGUUUUACAAGUAAAUCAUAUCUUGUUACACAUGAGAGACGUCACACAGGAGAGAAGCCAUGUUCAUGUUCAGAAUGUGGGAAAUGUUUUACAGAUAAAUCUGCUCUGGCUAGACAUGAGAGAAUUCACACAGGCGAGAAGCCACAUUCAUGCUCAGAAUGUGGGAAAUGUUUUACAAGUAAAUCAGAUCUUGCUAGACAUAAGAAAAUUCACAUGAGAACAGUAGUGAAGAAGUCCUCUAGUGGGCGCUGUCGGGCCCCUGUGUGUGAAGGAUGGGGAAGAACCCUGAGCCCAAUCCCGGGGCCCCCACCUCACUCCCUGAUACAUGAGGAAAUGGAGGAACAGAAGAUCCUAGAACUGAUCAACAAGAUGGUGGAGCUGCUGACUGGAGAGGUUCCUAUAAGGUGUCAGGACGUGGCGGUCUAUUUCUCCAUGAAGAAGUGGGAGUUUGUAGAAGGACACAAGGAUCAGUACAAGGUUCAGGUGAUGAUGGAGGAUCAGCAGCCCCUCACAUUAGCAGAUGGAGUCGUGGAUAGAUAUUCACCCGAGAGGUGUCCCCGUCCUCUGUAUUCCCAGGACUGUCAAGAGGGAAAUGUCCCAGAGAAGCAUCAGGGUGAAGAUCUGAUUGAUAUUAAGGUUGAGGUUAAAGAUGAAGAAGAGGAGAUGGAUUUCUGUACCGAUCAGCAGUAUGGAGUCAUGGAUAGAAAUCCACCUGAGAGGUGUCCCCGUCCUCUGUAUUCACAGAACUGUCCAGAAAAUCUGAUUAAUAUUAAGGUUGAGGUUAAAGAUGAAUCAGAAGAGGAGACGGAUUUCUGGGCCAAUCAGCAGUAUGGAGUCAUGGAUAGAUAUACACCCGAGAGGUGUCCCCGUCCUCUGUAUUCCCAGGACUGUCCAGAGGGAAAUGUCCCAGAGAAGCAUCAGGGGGGAGAUCUGACUAAUAAUAAAGUGGAGGAUGAAGAAGAGAGGAUGAGGGGCCAUCACCCGUGUAUGAGGGAAGUGAAGGAGGAAAUUCCAGGAGGUGUUACCCCAGAAAAUCCCAAAUGUGAUGAAGAUGUGAUGUUAUCGCUGAAUUAUAAAGAUGAAGAUACCAUGCAGCGCUACUCAGGAGAUCAUACACCACAACCUGUACUACAUCACAGUACAGAUCUAUCAUACAAUCCGCCCGAUCAUCAGGAACCUUCUCCCGACCAAUCACAAGUUGUUACCACAAGGACACAAGAGCAGAAAGGGGGGAAGUGUUCAGAAUGUGGGAAAUGUUUUUCACGUAAAUCAGCUCUUGUUAUGCAUGAGAGAACUCACACAGGAGAGAAGCUGUAUCCAUGCUCAGAAUGUGGGAAAUGUUUUACAAAUCCAUCAAGUCUUGUUAAACAUGAGAAAAUUCACACAGGGGAGAAGCCAUAUUCAUGUCCAGAAUGUGAAAAAUGUUUUACAGAUAAAUCUGCUCUGGCUAGACAUAAAAGGAUUCACACAGGGGAGAAGCCUCAUUCAUGUUCAGAAUGUGGGAAAUGUUUCAUAGAGAAAUCAAAGCUUGUUUUACAUGAGAGAAUUCACUCGGGAGAGAAGCCGUAUUCAUGUUCAGAGUGUGGGAAGUGUUUUAUAGAGAAAGCGCAGCUUGUUGCACAUAAGAGAGUUCAUACAGGAGAGAAGCCGUAUUCAUGCCCAGAAUGUGGGAAAUAUUUUACAAGUAAAUCAUAUCUUGUUACACAUGAGCGACAUCACACAGGAGAGAAGCCAUGUUCAUGUUCAGAAUGCGGGAAAUGUUUUACAGUUAAAUCUGCUCUGGCUAGACAUGAGAGAAUUCACACAGGAGAGAAGCCGUAUUCAUGUUCAGAAUGUGGGAAGCGUUUUAUAGAGAAAGCCCAGCUUGUUACACAUGAGAGAGUUCAUACAGGAGAGAAGCCGUAUUCAUGCCCAGAAUGUGGGAAAUGUUUUACACGUAAAUCAUAUCUUGUUACACAUGAGAGAAGUCACACAGGAGAGAAGCCGUUUUCAUGUUCAGAAUGUGGAAAGCAUUUUAUAAAGAAAGCCCAGCUUGUUACACAUGAGAGAGUUCAUACAGGAGAGAAGCCGUAUUCAUGCCCAGAAUGUGGAAAAUGUUUUACACGUAAAUCAUAUCUUGUUACACAUGAGAGAAGUCACACAGGAGAGAAGCCGUUUUCAUGUUCAGAAUGUGGGAGAUGUUUUAGCAAUAAAUCAUAUCUUGUUAGACAUGCGAGAAUUCACACAGGAGAGAAGCCGCAUUCAUGUACAAAAUGUGGGAAAUGUUUUACAAGUAAAGCAGAUCUUGCUAGACAUGAGAGAAGUCACAUGAGAGAUUACAUAGUAGUUAAGAAGUCGUCUAUUGGACGCUGUUGGACUCCCGUGUGUGAAGGAUGGGAAAAAACCCUGAGGCCAAUCCCGGGGCCCCCACCUCACUCCCUGAUACAUAAGGAAACAUAUGAACAGAAGAUCCUAGAACUCAUCAAAAAGAUGAUGGAGCUGCUGACUGGAGAGGUUCCUAUAAGGUGUCAGGACGUGGCGGUGUAUUUCUCCAUGGAGGAGUGGGAGUAUGUAGAAGUACACAAGGAUCAGUACAAGGAUCAGGUGAUGAUGGAGGAUCAGCAGCCCCUCACAUCAGCAGUCAGAUCCAGUAAGAGAACAGCAGCAGAGAGGUGUCCCCGUCCUCUUCUUCCACAGGAUGAUCAGGGAGAAGAUCUGAACAAUAUUAAUUCUACAAAAACCAAUGUGAGCGGCGAUGAGCAGUAUAAGGAGGACAUUCCGAAAGGGAAAGAUCUGAUCUAUAUUAAUGCUACAGACAUAAGGGAAGGAGAAGAAACAGAUGUGAUCAGUGAUGAGCAGUAUAAGGAGGACAUUCCGAAAGGGAAAGAUCUAAUCUAUAUUAAUGCUACAGACAUAAGGGAAGAAGAGACAGACGUGAGCGGUGAUAAGCAGUAUAAGGAGGACAUUCCUACAGAGAAAGAUCUGAUCUAUAUUAAUCCUACAGACAUAAAGGAAGCAGAAGAGAAAGAUGUGAGCAGUGAUGUGCAGUAUAAGGAGGACAUUCUUACAGUGAAAGAUCUGAGCUAUAUUAAUCCUACAGACAUAAAGAAAGAAGAAGAAAAGACAGAUGUGAUCAGUGAUGAGCAGUAUAAGGAGGACAUUUCUACAGAGAAAGAUCUGAUCUAUAUUAAUGCUACAGACAUAAAGGAAGAAGAAGAAAAGACAGAUGUGAUCAGUGAUGAGCAGUAUAAGGAGGGCAUUUCUACAGAGAAAGAUCUGAUCUAUAUUAAUGCUACAGAUGUGAGCGGUGAUGAGCAGUAUAUGGAGGACAUUCCUACAGGGAAAGAUCUGAUCUAUAUUAAUGCUACAGAUGUGAGCAGUGAUGAGCAGUAUAUGGAGGACAUUCCUACAGGGAAAGAUCUGAUCUAUAUUAUUGCUACAGGUAUAAGGAAAGAAGAAGAGACAGAUGUGAGCGGUGAUGAGCAGUAUAAGGAGGACAUUCCUACAGAUGACUGUACCAGGAGAUCAGAGGAGAAUCUUAUAUCUUCAUAUUAUAAAGCAGAUGAUGAUAUCACACAAGAUACAUAUGAAGAACAUUCCAUUAUCCCAGAUACACCCUCAGCCCUUCACAGCCAGGUCCUGUCUUCUGAUCCAUCACAGACUGUUAUGCAAAAUAAGGAGAAGCCAUUUUCAUGUCCAGAAUGUGGGAAAUAUUUUACUGAGAAAGAACAGCUUAUAAGACAUCAAAGUAUUCACAUGGGAGAAAAGCCAUUUUCAUGUCCAGAAUGUAGGAAAUGUUUUAUUCGGAAAUCACAUCUCCUUCAACAUCAAAGAACUCACACAGGAGAGAAGCCAUUUUCAUGUGCAGAAUGUGGGAAAUGUUUUAUUCGGAAAUCACAUCUUGUUCAACAUCAAAGAACUCACUCAGGAGAGAAGCCAUUUUCAUGUGCAGAAUGUGGGAAAUGUUUUAUUGAGAAAAAUAAACUUCUCAUACAUCUAAGAACUCACACAGGGGAGAAACCUUUUUCAUGCUCACAAUGUGGGAAAUGUUUUAUUCAGAAAUCACAUGUUGUUAAACAUCAAAGAAUUCACACAGGAGAGAAGCCAUUUUCAUGUUCAGAAUGUGGGAAACGUUUUAUUGAGAAAUCGCCACUUAUCAGACAUACAAGAAUUCACACAGGAGAGAAGCCAAUUCCAGGCAAUAAAUGACACAGAUAACACAUCUAUAUAUUAUCCAUGUACAUAGGAUAUCUGACAUUUAUACAUAUAUCAUAUACUGCAUCUCCAAACUUGUUCCCAAUUGUUAAUAAAAGUUUUCUUUUAGAACGUAGUCACCGAUCCAGCGAUGUCAUCACUAUAGUUUACAUGGUAGGAGAAGAGUGUGAUAUAUGGUUGUGAUAUUCACUGCUCCUCAUGGAGAAGACCCAACAGGCAUAAUCCAUGGGGAGCUGCUACUGGAGACCCAAACACCUCAGAGAGAAGGGACUUAUUCCAGUGAUGAAGAAUUCCAGGACAUGACCAGAUUAGAGACACAAAAUCACUUCUAUCUUCUGGCUUCUAGGACAUUAUUCUGAUGGAAGAACUUUACACAUUAUAAAAAGUCCUAUAGGUGUUGGGGAACAUUUAUAGACAAUUGUUGGCCCCGGCUGUCAUGGCGUACCAUAGGCCCCUGCCUCCAUAUGUGUUUGCUCUUUCAUCCGCUGAUCACUGAGUCUUUGAGUCUGUGUUC